AUGAAUAAAAUAUGCAGGGUAGUGAUCCUUCCUAAUUUCUUCAUGUUUAGAAAAUAUAGAUUCUGUUCUUCUUUAAGUACACUUGAAUUAACAGCAGCUCAUCGAAAGCUGUUCAUACAAAUUGCUAACAGUACCAUUUUGAAAACGUGUGAUGGUAGGACAUACCAAAAGAUAAUCAAAAUUCAAGAAAGAUCCAAGAUAUUUAAAUCUCUCCAUGAAGAACUAGAUGUGUAUGAACAACUUUUCCAAGAAAGAUUCGAGAUCGAUGCAAAGGAAACAAAUACUACAAUUGAUUAUAAACAAAUGUAUGACAGAAUUAUGAAUGAUGAUGUUGAUAUGAAGGAUCUUAUGCAAAACAUACAUGCCAUUGGUAACCUGCUUCUCCUUGAUGUGAUAGACUUCUACAAAACUGUCCUGAACAAAGAUCACCACUUGGACACCGAUGAGGUGCAGAUAGAGAUCACGCCCGGGGUUGGGGGCCAGGAGGCGCAGCUCUUUUGCAGGGACCUGUGGAACAUGUACGAACACUUGUGUAAGCUGAAAAACUUUGAGUGGAAAUCGAUUCGUGGAGAAAUUGAAGAAGGGAAGGAGAACAGCACAAAGGGAAUGAUGGCAGUAGUGAGAGGGGAACAAGUGUACGAACAUUUUAUACAAGAAAAUGGAAUUCAUAGAGUCCAACGUGUUCCAGUAAAUAGCAAAAAAAUUCAUACAUCUACAUCUAUCGUUUUUGUAUUUGAUGAAAAAAGCGUAACAAAUAAAAUAUUAAAAAAAAUCAAGUUAGAAAAACAAGACCUCCUCUUUGAAACCAAAAGGUCAGGUGGUGCUGGUGGACAAAGCGUUAAUAAAAACGAAACAUGUGUAAAGGUAACUCAUAAACCAACAAAUAUUUCUGUUGAAAUGCAAAAAACAUCGAGUCAAAUACAAAAUAAAAGUAUGGCUAUUCAAGCUCUUAAAAACAAACUCUAUAAUUUCUACUAUGAAUAUGAAAAAGAACAAUUUAUCAAAAAUAAAAAAAGUCAUAAAAUGAAUGGAGAUAGGAGCCAAAAAAUACGUACAUACAAUUUUGUGCACAAUUUUGUUAUGGAUCAUAUCACCAAUACCCACUAUCCACAUAUCGACCAAUUCUUUAAAGGAGACCAACUCCUUCAACUUAUGUAUCGACACAGACAAAACUUUUACCAACGCAUCGUGGAUGAAGCAUUUGCUUCCAUUCUCUCACACACCACCCUCUAG